AUGUCAACUAACUUUUAUCUCACACUUGUCGUCAUUACCCAGUCUGAGAAGGCAAUCAUGUUUGUUCUCAACCGGAUCAAAAGUUCACAAAAUAUUCUUAAAAUCUUAACAAAUUCUGCUAAGCGACAAAUAGAGGUCCACAAUUCAAGUUUAUUGUUAAAAAAACAAGUAGACAACAAUUUAACAAUAAAAAUUUGUGGUGAAAGUUUAAAAUUCCCUCAUGUCUGGCUCAGGGACAACUGCCAAUGUGAACACUGCUUUCAUUCUACAGCCAAAAGUAGGACUAUUGAUUGGACCAACUUCAACAUAAACAUUGUUCCACAAAACGUAACUGAAGAUGGAAAAACAAUAGAAGUUACCUGGGAAGAUGGACACAAGUCCAAAUACGGAGUGGACUGGUUAAAAUUCAGAAGAUUUACUCCUGACGGACAGAAGAAUUAUACUGAAAGCAUCUACAAAUCAAAGAAAGAAACUUGGAGAGGUGACCAGUUCCAAGAUAUAUGCAGUAAACAUGAUUAUAAUGAGAUAAUACAAUCAGAUGAAGCUCUUCACAAUUGGCUUGAAAAGCUUUCUAUUUUUGGUGUAGCAUUGAUCCAAAAUACUCCAGACAAUGAGGCUGCUAUUGACAAAGUUGUGGAGAAGAUUGGCUUCACAAGAAGAACACAUUACGGUGUGAAAUUCGUAGUCCAACAUGUUGUCAACACAAGCAAUGUUGCUUAUCUGUCUAACAACUUACAAAUGCACAUAGAUUUGCCAUACUAUGAAUACUGCCCUGGGGUUAACAUGCUGCAUUGCCUGGUACAGACUCAGAGUAAAGGUGGGGAAAAUCUGCUCUCCGAUGCUUACUAUGUAGCAGAAUAUAUAAAGCAGAACCACCCAAAGGAAUACCAACUUUUAACUGAAACAGAAAUAGAGUGGAGUGAUAUAGGUGUAGAAGAUGGGAAUGAAUUUUUCAAACUACACAGAGCUCCUGUAAUCUGUUUAGAUAUGCAUGGUGAGGUCACCAGGAUAAACUUCUCAAUUCCUCAACGUGGCAGCUUCUUUCCAGGACCAUUGGAAAAUGUGCAACCCUGGUAUAAAGCUCACAAGUUAUUUUAUGAUUUAAACCACAAGUUUAUGGCGAGAUUCAAAACAAAUGCUGGGGAUAUUUUAACAUUUGAUAAUAUACGACUGUUGCAUGGACGAAAUGCUUACGAAGAUAAUAAUAGUAAUGUAAGAAAGCUUAUAGGAGCAUAUGUGGACUGGGAUGAGAUAUAUUCAAGAUUGAGAUGCUUAAAAGUGAAACUGAAAAAUCAAAGUGGAAUUUAUUAAAUUGAAAGUUUUGUACAAUUGAAAAAAAAUUAAUUUGGUAUAGUGAUAAAUAAUACAUAACAUAUAGUAAUAAUCAUUAAAACUACCUUAUUUCUAUAUAUG